AUGUAUGGGAAAGACAGCUCUGAUGAGGAGAACAACGGCAAUACCGCGGAGGAAAAUGAUCAAGAAGAGCCAAGAUCUGAAGAAUCGCCCGCCAAAGUGCAGGUAACCAGUGGCUCUUUCUCUGUGUCUUGCUCUGUGUCUUGCUCUGUCAUGCUCAGAUUCCCCGGAGAGUCUGAGCCGUUCUUCAGCCCCUUCAAGCAUCGACCUUCUGGCAACACGCAGGACUGUCAGAAUCGGCCGCCUUUGUUCGUAGAGCAGACUAGAGAGAAAGGCAAAGCCCAAGUGAAGAUUGAAGACCUCGGAGAUGAAGCAUCCAAAUCUUCCGAUUUUGAUCAAACUUUGCGCUAG